ACGAUUUAUCGUCAUUUUGACGAUUUUAUGUACCAAAAAAUGCAUAUUGACGAUUUGACGAUUUUGACCCCAAAUUUGACGAUUUUUUGAAACUUAGAGUAUUCAACAUUGAAAAAGAAAAAUGUCAUUUUUAAUCGUAAUAAUAGUUAAGUGCAAAAGUGAUAGAUAUAUGUUAACGAUAAAAUAAUAGUAUUUGUUUGAAGUGUUGAUAUUUUAAGUAUUUCACGCCUAUUAAACAUGUAGAUGUCCAUAAAUGAUCAACUGAUAGUAAACCAUUUUAAUUUUAUGUGCGUCCUCAUGAAGUAGAAUGUGAUUUAAAAAGAAGUUUUGAGAAAAUUAAAGUGAAUUUAAAAAAAGAAGUAAAAGUGUUUAAAAGAAGUAAAAUUUUGUGUUUUAAAAAAUGCUGAGAUAUCUACAGAAGGAGAAAGCAAGUGGCGAUGAUGGCGCCAACCAAGACGAUGGAAGUGGCAGCAGUACUUUGGUGGCUGACAAACGUAAAAAAAGAAAAAUCAAGGAGGACUGGUUAACAAAUCCAGACAUCAAUUCAUGGGCUGAAAAGCGGGACAGCAAGGUAUUUUGUAAAAUUUGCAAUGUGGAGUUGAAGGUAUCAUCGGGAAAGUCCGAUUUAAUGGCUCAUUUGCAUUCCAAAAAACAUCAAGAUGCUGCCAAUGCUACCCAACAAACUAAAAUAAACGAAGUUUUCAACAUAGACUACUCCCCAAAAAAAGUUGCAGAAAUAAAAUUGGCAUUAUUUAUAGUUGAGCACAAUUUGCCAUUUGCGGUUUCCGAUCACCUUACUAAGGUAUGUCACAAUUCAUUUAAAGAUUCCAAUACUGCAGCUAGCAUUACUCUUGGACGAACAAAAGCAAAUGCUAUAAUAAAAAAUAUUGUAGGAGCUAAACAGUUUCAAGACGUAACUAAUCUUUUAAAAACAAAUUCAUUUUCUUUGUGCGUUGACGAGUCAACGGAUUUAACAAAUGUUAAGUCUUUGUGUUUAGUUGUUCGCUUGUGUAUCAAUUUUGAAAUAAGGGAUUUCUUUUAUGGACUCCUCACAGUUGAGCAUGCUGACGCUAAUAGUUUAUACCAACUUAUAGUUAAUCAUUUUAAUAAAAAUGGUGUUAAUUAUAAAAAGAAUAUGAUAGGGUUUGCCGCGGAUGGGGCAGCAGUGAUGACGGGCAGAAAUAAAUCUGUGGCACAACUUUUGAAAAAUGAAAAUAAUGAUUUAUUUAUAAUAAAAUGUGUAUGCCAUUCCCUGGCAUUGUGCUCAUCCUAUGCUUGCCUUAAGCUUCCAUCUAGCGUGGAAACCUUAGCUAGAAGUAUUUAUAAUUAUAUAUCAAACAGUCCAAAAAGAAACAACCAAUUUCAAAAUAUUUUAUCCUUACUGGACAUAAAACCAAAAAAAAUACUACACCCUUGUCAAACACGUUGGUUAUCUUUGGAAGUUGUUGUCAUAAGAUUAAUCGAACUUUAUGAGCCUUUAAAAAUAUAUUUUGCUUUUGCUGUAAAUAUAGAUAAAAUUGACACAGCUCAAUAUAUUUUAGAUAAUUUAAAUUUUGAAAAUAAAAUAUAUCUAUGUUUCUUAAAAUAUAUUUUAGGCAUCAUUAAUAAUAUUAAUAAAAUGUUUCAAAGUGAAACAACUGAGAUACAAAAUUUAUAUGAUCAAAUGCAAAAAUUGUUAAAAACUGUUCUAAGUAAUUUUAUAAAACUAGAUCUAUUAAAAAAUGAUAAAUUCUAUUUACUUAAUUAUAAAGACGAACAAAAUAUAUUAGAUUAUAAUGAGGUUUACUUAGGAGUAUAUGCGCGAGAAGAAUUGCUGGCGUCGGGAUUAGAAGAAACUGAAAAGCAUAAAAUCGUUCAUAAUUGUAUUAAUUUCUAUGUAGAACUUUGUGAUCAAAUAUUGGUUCGUUUUGAUUUUGGAGAAAAGUUUCAAGCUUUAAGUUUAAUAAAUCCUUAUUAUAUUAUAAGUAAUGAAAAACAUACAUUUUAUGAAAUUGUAAACCAAUUUUCACAUUUUAUAGAAGAAAAUGAAAAACAAGAUUUAGAGUCGGAAUUUAGACAACUAAAAUUAAUAAAUUGGGAUUCUAAAAAUGAAAUGAAAUUAUUAGAAUUUUGGAAAAAUUUAUCAGAAAUGAAAAGGAGAGAUUCAAGUGUUUUAUUUCCCAUAUUAACAAAAUUUAUUUCUAAGAUUUUAGUUUUACCACACUCUUCUGCAAAUGUAGAAAGAGUUUUUAGCCAGGUAAACUUAAAUAAAACAAAAACUAGAAAUAGAUUAGAAAAGGAAUCUUUAGAAUCAAUUUUAUACGUAAAAGACUAUUUAAAAUUAAAGAAAUGUAAUUGUUUUGAUUUAAAAGUUGUACCUGAAUUAUUGCAAAUGUUUAAUUGCAAUAUAUAUUUGUAAAAUACUGUAAAACUGUUAAGUAUUUUAUACAAUACUAAGUCAUUAUUAAUUUAAAAGCUUUAUGUAAAAAUAUCUCAUUUAUUUUAUU